AUGGCCACAGCAAUAUUAACAAGCAUUAAAGCGUGUGUGCCAGAAUUUAAACCAGAGGAAUUAUCGGAUACGGGCAAAAACGUAGAUCGACGAUGGAAAGAAUGGCUGGAAAACCUUGAACUAGUGCUAGACUUUGAAGGCGUAACUGACCCUGCGGAGGGAGCGUCGAAAAGGAGGGCAGCACUGCUCACAGUAGGAGGACAAACCCUCAGGGAGAUUUUUUCCACCCUUACAGUCGAGGGGGAUACUUACAAGGCCGCAAAGGACGCUCUCACAGCACACUUCUCACCAAAAAAGAAUUUGACAGCGGAUCGAUACCGAUUUUUUUGCACCAAGCCCACAUCACCAGAGGAAACUCAUGACCACUGGAUAACCAGACUCCGAACAAAAGGUAAAGACUGUGAAUUUGAGAACAUGACAUUAGAUGAAGCAAUUAAGCUAGUGGUCACCCUACACACUCCGUCAGACAAACUCCAACGAGACAUUAUAGCAAAGGAUAUGGAUUUGAAAACACUCAUAGACAGUGCCAGAGCUUUAGAGCUCACACAAAGGGAGGUGACCUUCAUGAAGCAAAAUACUCUAGAACCUGUAGAGCCAGCGGUAAAUGCAGUGUCAAAGAGAAGCCAUGAGACAAAAGGGGGUUACACACAAACAUCUCAAGAAGAAACACACGACCGACAAAUACACAGAAACAAAGGCACGUUGGUAGUUUGUAAAUAUUGUGGUCAACAAACACCCCACAAGGGAAGGUGCAAGGCACGCGGGGCCACCUGCAAUAAAUGCAAGAAGAAAGGACAUUUCGCAGUAGUCUGUCAAUCCAAAACAUACAAAGCAUAUAAACCGAUAGAACAGCUCCAAGAAGAGGGUAGUGACAACGAAGAUCCCCAGGUUUCAUACAAGUUUGACCAAUUGACAUGGAAACUUGACCAAGUGACCGCGGACACAAAAGCAAUGUCACAACCAUCAGAAUACAACACCACGGUAACAAUUAGAGUACAAGACCAACGGCUAAAAGUACAAGUGGACUCGGGUGCAGAAGUCAACGUUAUGGAUUACAAAACAUACAAAACAUUGCACAAACGGCCCCCACUGAGAAAUUCCGGGGCAAAAUUGAAACCAUAUGGAUCAAAGCCGUUGCCAGUAAAAGGAUGCUUCAAACGAAAGUUCGAGCGAAUGGGCAGGAGGUGA